UCUAACGGCAAGCUGCUGAUGGAGAGGUGGGCGCUGAUUGAGACCAAACUGUCCGAAUUGGUUAUGGCUGAGCUCAUGACUAAUCCGGGGUCCGUUCCUUCUUUUGACUGCGCAGAUAUCGUCCGUGGUCACCGAGUGAUCAGAUGCGACGACGAGUAUUCGCGGAGUUUUCUCAGCAAGGCGAUCACUAAGAUUAGUGAGAACUGGGACGGUUUAAAGCUCAAACUUGUCCCUGCGGCGGAAAUUCCAUCGAGGCCUCGAGCGCGCGUAUGGUUACCCAAAAACCUUGGUCCUCCUGACCUUAUUCUGCAGCAGCUAAAGCUACAAAAUCCAGAAAUCCUGAUGGAAGACUGGUCGGUUCUCAAGACCGAAGAACCGCAAAAACACAGCCAAUCGUACUUACUUCUUAUCAACGAAGAAUGCUUGCCAGUCAUUGAGGCUAAUGACUGCAAGCUGCGUUACGGCAUCCGGAAGGCAAAAAUUAAAAUCUUUAAAAACGCGCCACCGGAUAAUAUUCUGGAUGAGGUUGAGGGCACUAGUAAGCUGCUAGAUGACCUCAUCAUCGAUAGCAAACCUUGUUGAUGUAUUAAUGGCCAAGGUCGUGCAGAUAAACCUGAAACACUCUAAAUGUGCCACGGAUAAUCUGGCUGUCUUACUCAGGGAGGAGGACAUCGACCUUGCCAUCAUCCAAGAGCCCUGGGUUCAUAGCUCAUGUGUCAAAGGGCUCAACAUCAAUGGGUAUAAUCUUUUUUAUGACAAAGGACAGGGUAAGCCUAGAUCGUGCAUUUUAGCAAAAACGCACCUUAAUGCUUUUCUCUGCUCUCACUUAAGUUCUUUAGAUAUAACCACCAUCCGGAUAGAGCGGAAGCUAAAACCUGCGAUUUUGGUAACAUCCGCCUACAUGCCACACGACGAUGAGGCACCUCCAGAGGGGGUACUAUUAGUCCAAAAUUUCGCGCAGACCGAGAAGCUAGCCUUGCUGAUGGGUUGUGAUGCCAAUGCCCGGCACUCCUUGUGGGGAAGCUCGGAAAUUAACGAUAGAGGUGAGUCUCUUUUUGAUUUCAUAUUAAAAUGUAAUCUAGAAGUAUGUAAUAAGGGUAACACUCCCACCUUCAUUUUUCCGAGUACGGAUGAUCGUGUAGGCUGGGAAGAGGUUUUAGAUAUU